AUGUCAGGCAUCAUAGGUGUUUCGGACAACCCCUUCGGACGAUUCUUCAACGAUCCUGACCCCGAUAUGCAAGGCAAUAUCACAGCUCUCUACGACAUUGGGUGUGUUGUCGGUUCCAUCAUCUGCUACUUUGUCGGUGAACGUUUCGGCCGCCGCACAAUGUUGAUGGCUGGCGGAAGCAUUAUGGUCAUCGGAGCUGUGAUCUUGGGAAGCUCUUAUAACAUUGCGCAACUCAUUGCUGGACGUAUCAUCACCGGAAUCGGGAACGGAAUGAACAGUUCGACUGCACCAGUCUACUUGACAGAAUGUGCACCAGCCAGCUACCGUGGGGCGUUGCUAACGCUCCAGGGUACAGUUACAAUUUUAGGGGUGGUCAUCGCGUACUGGAUGGACUAUGGCACAUCGUACUCGAACAGUGAUUUCCAAUGGAGAUUCCCACUCGCAUUUCAAGCUGUUUUCGCCAUCUUCCUCGUCCUGCAAAUCAUAGGGCUGCCAGAGACACCUCGCUGGUUAGUCGCUCAUGACCGCUACGAAGAAGCCCGUGCUGUCACUGCCGCAAUUGAGGAUAGACCACUAAAUGAUGCUCUUGUCAAUUCGAGUAUCCUGGACAUCAGAUUUGGGCUUGAGGAAGAGCAGAAAGACGGACCCUUUAGGUUCAGGGAGCUGUUUCAAUGGGGUGAGGUACAGAACCUGCGUAGAUUGAUCAUCAUCAUCUCCAUUCAGCUUGGACAACAGUUUACUGGUUCGAACAUGAUUAAUUACUAUUUGCCGACAAUUCUCCAGGACAGUAUGGGAUUGAAUCGCAACCUUUCUCUCAUCCUAGGUGGCGCUGCUCAAUGUACAUACUUGGUUGGCUCGGCUAUUCCUGUACUGCUCAUGGACCGUUUUGGUCGGCGUACACUCCUUCUUGCUUGUACAGCAGGUCUCUGCAUCUGCUUCGUCAUGGUCUCUAUCCUCCUCUCUCUGGGUACCACCUCUGGUGGAUACGGUGCCACAGCCUUCAUUUUCAUCUUCCAACUCGUCUAUGGCGUUGGUUGGCUACCCGUCCCAUGGUUCUACCCCUCUGAGAUUAGUACUACACGUACAAGAACCUCGAUGCAGGCUAUCGCAUCGGGCUGGAAUUGGAUGUUUGUCUUCGUGGUUGUGAAGAUCACGCCGAUCAGCUUCAAUAACAUUGGGUGGAGGACGUUCAUCAUUUUCGCUGUGCUGAAUGCCGCAUUCAUCCCAAUGGUAUACUGCUUCUAUCCAGAGACCAAGGGUGUCAUGUUGGAAGAUCUUCCCCUACUUUUCGCGAAAGGUGGCAUCACUGGCGGUGUGCUUACAAGCAAAGGCGGAAGGACAGUGGUACCAGGACAGCAUGCGCAGGAAAGCCAUGUCAACGAGAAAGUUGUUGUGAGACAUCUCGAAGCUGAAGGUCAAGAGGAUGAGAUGCCGUCGAAAGUAUACCGCGGCAAUCUGGUUCCAGGAGCGAUUGGGCCGAAAGAUUGGCAUGUGCUAGCGGGAGAGUUCAACAAGCGGUUUGAGGACGAGCUAAAGAAGCCAUUAGCCUAUAAUACAUUGAGUAAGCGAUGUGGAACCGUGAGGAAGACAUUUCUGAAGAACAAUCCGGAGUAUGCUGGGGUAUGCGUGUACCCUGUUCCCAAAGCCGAAGCUGAGACAGGAGAGGAAUCUGAAGAUACGGAAUUGACUGAGUCAGCAGAAAAUGUCGAUGAGGUCGAUAUGAAAGAGCAAGAUUCCCAAUAUCAGCCAAACUUUGGGACUCCUAACGUGGGAGAUGGAAAUCCCACUUAUCUUCCCCAAGCCCAGACCAUUACAAAGCCGGCCGAUACCCUUCCUACGCCCCUGCACUCCAGUCCACCAACUCUUCGCGAGCAAGCUUCUCAAUCCAGCAUCUCUACUCUCAUUCCAGGCUCAUUUAACCCCCGCCAUAUCCAUGACAACUAUAUACCCCCUGUUACUCGCGCGAAGUUCCAUCUACGGCACCGUACCGCCAAAACAGUCACAUUCAGCUUCGCCGAUCCACACGAAGAAAGCGUCGCAAAGGAAGAUUCGCAGUACGUCGACGCAGACAAUCUAAAGUCCAUCUCGCCAUUCUACGUCCGAAAAGUAGUAGAAGAUCGCGAAGACAGUGUCAUCAACGUACCAGACCACAUCGGUAGACAAACGGUAGACAGCUUCAUCCAGCUCGUGUCGCCUGAACGUGCAAACGAACUACCCACGCACUAUCUGCGCAAAGCAAAUAAGCAGGUUCCGGGAGUGUAUGAUCGAUAUGGCGCGAUAAAUGCGGAGAAGAUUGUUUGGAGUGUAGAUACACUCCUUGACCUUUUGCUUUUCGCUCAGUGGAUGGAAGUGUAUUGGAUCGUUGAUAUGGUGGUUGAUCGACUACACUACUUGUUUACUGAGCAAACUAGGUAUAAGGAAAUCUUUGCGGUCAUGGGUACUACUACCAAAGGAUCCGUUAACGUUGGUGGUCGACAGGUUUUUGUUGGGAGUCGACUACCGCCCGUGGACAAUCAGUUGGUUGGUAUUGCAGCAGAGGAUUUUGAUAACGACUUCAUGUCGCAUUUAGCGAAGCUGUCCGUAGGUUCGCAUGUGUGGAGGUUUGUGGCGGAUAUGACAUUUGCAUUAGGAGACAAGGUGGAAGAUGCCGGAUAG